GACAUUAAAUGUAAUAGUCACAGCAAAGUAUAUGUGGCUAGCAAAUAGGCUUACUUCUAUUUUUAAAGACAAACCUAGUAAACAAACACAUCUAUAGUGUAUUUAACAGUUUAUUAAAUGUACAGCCUGUAGCUGGUAGAUGAUAACCUAUACUGAUCAUAAUACAGAAUUAUUAUUCUUCCAAUCAUCUCUGCAUAGCAAUGUUAAAAUUGCUUCAGACCAACAGCCCAACAUAAUGAAAAUGUAGAAAUGGGUAAAACUAAGUUUACUGUGAGAUGUGGGGGGAUGGUGGUGUCUGAAUUAUGGUGGGAUUCAGUUAAAUUACUUUUCAUUUCAUGUCCACCUCAAUUUAUUAGAGGUAUCCUCUGGGGAGGAGGCCCAAUCUCAUUUACAAGGCAAGGAGACUGAAAAGAGCAACAGAUGUCUAGAUGGCUUUCACUCACUAAAUGUGUUGCACUCUGACUAAGCCUAAAGCAGAUUUGAAACACAGUCUUUGAAAUAAGUGAUGAGGUUCUUGGGGUGAUAUUUGUAAAGAGUGUAUUGAUGUUUGUGUUGAAUUGUAUUGAUAUUGUGUUGAAUAUAUGAAACUAUUAGCUGCUAAAUGGCCCCAAAAGGUAAUUUAUAUUCUACUGAAUAUUAAUCUGCAUUAUCUGGGCUUCAAGUAAACCUACUGUAUUUUGCACAUGCAUGAAAGCACACAUUGGAAUAUAAUUUGUAUCUUUACCAAUCUAAAUGAAUCAUUUUGGAAAUGUCAAGUGUCUGGAAAGCGCUGGCAUGCUUUUUGGGAAUUUGUUAUGCUUAACUAAUACUAUGCAGAACUAAAAUGCCUCAUUUGAAUAAUUUUCUGUGGGAGCUUAUGUCUCCCUAGUGUUUCCCCUAUAUUCAUUUAGCGUUGCUAAAUUGUUGCCACCGCUGCAAAAAUAUGUCAUUUCUUUAUACAGUAUAUAUAUUUCUGCCAAGACACGCUUUUAGAACAUAAGGGAAAGAAUAUAGGGGAAACACUGCCACCUGUUGGUCAUUUUUAUUGCAGAGAACGAAACCAUCUGUACAGAUGGUUUAUAAUGUUUUGUUUUACCAACAUGUGUUGAGCCAAUUGUUUUACUCCUAAUGUUGACAUUCAAACAAACAUCAUUUAUCCAUCAUGUCCAGCUAAAUGUGUAUUUAGUGAUUGGCAAUGCAUGUCUUUCCCAAGGUAGAUACUUUGAUAGUAGUAUUCUUUCAAUUAACUACAAUAAUUGUUCUAUUUUCAGGCGGAUCAAUGGCAUUCUCAUUUGUUUAAGGGCUAGAGGCAGAGGAAAAUUCGCUCCAACAUGUUGAUUUGAUUAAUUAAAUCAAAUUAUAACCCUGCAAAAUAAUUAAAUAGGCUGAAGACAGACGGAACAUUAAGUAUACUAUUAAAAGGGUAUCAUUACCAACAAAUACAGAACACGUGUAGGGACAUUUAUUCCUACAUUCCCACGCUGACAUAUCACACACUCACACAUGCCAGUUCCUAUGUCCUUCACUCUCUCCAUCUUACUCACAUAGAAACAAACUCAUCACCUGCAAACAUGACAGAAAAUGUGAGCUCAAGGAUGGACACCCCAACCAACAUUUCCUUGGUGGGACCAGGGGACCCCAUAUCCCAGUCUCUGGAGUACAAGACUGUGGCAGUUUUUCUGGUUCUGCUAGUCUGUGGACUUGGCAUUGUGGGUAAUAUCAUGGUGGUUCUGGUGGUCCUCACCACGAGACACAUGCGUACGCCCACUAACUGCUACCUGGUCAGCCUGGCCAUAGCGGACCUGACCGUGCUGGUUGCCGCUGGUCUGCCCAAUGUGUCAGACAGCCUGACGGGUACAUGGGUGUUUGGGCAUGCUGGCUGCCUUGGCAUCACCUACCUCCAGUACCUUGGCAUCAAUGUGUCCUCCUGCUCUAUCACAGCCUUUACUGUGGAGAGGUACAUUGCUAUCUGCCACCCAAUGAGGGCCCAGACAGUGUGCACGGUGUCCCGGGCCAAGCGGAUCAUAGCAGGGGUGUGGGUGUUCACCUGUGUCUACUGCAUGCUGUGGUUCUUCCUGGUGGACAUCCAGGUAAUGAAGAGCGGCAGCAUCCAGUGUGGCUACAAGGUGUCCCGUGACCUCUACCUCCCCAUAUACCUCAUUGACUUUGCCAUCUUCUAUGUGAUCCCUCUGCUACUGGCCAUCGUCCUGUACGGCCUCAUCGCCCGCAUCCUGUACCUCAAUCCACUCCCCAACCGGCCCGAUGUGGGCACGGCCUCCUCUGGUGCCACCAUGCUCCGCAGGAGCUGCAAGGAACCAGCAGAUGGAGGGAAAGGGGGUCGUCAGGGCCGCCCGAAGAGCACGCUCUCCUCCAGGAAACAGGUCACUAAGAUGCUCUCAGUGGUGGUGAUCCUGUUCGCUUUACUGUGGAUGCCCUACCGGACCUUGGUCCUUAUUAACUCCUUCAUUGCCACACCCUACCUGGACGCAUGGUUUGUUCUGUUCUGUCGGAUCUGUAUGUAUGCCAACAGCGCCAUCAACCCCGUAGUGUACAACCUGAUGUCUCAGAAGUUCCGUUCAGCGUUCCGCAGGCUCUACAGAUGCCAGAGCCAGGAGGCCCACCACCGCACACUCUCCAUGAUCCAGAGCGGCUACAGCAUGGCCAGGGACCCACGCACCCCACAGCAGACCAGCAACGGGACCAAACAGGGGGCCAGGAGAGUGACCUGCACUGACACAGUGACAGAGUGGCAGAGCAAAGACACCUCCCCAGCCAAAGAGAAGAAGGAUCUGGAUCACCUGAAGGAAGAUAGAAAAGACACAAGCUGUGGUGAGAUCAAAUCAACACCUCAACAAACUGAGAUCAACUCCACAUCUGGGCAAACUGAGAUCAUAUUCACGCCUAGGCAAAAUGAGAUCAAAUCUACACUUGGGCUGAAUGUGAUCAAAUCCACACCUGGGCAAAAUGAGAUAAAAUCCACACCUGGGCAGAACGAGAUCAAGUCCACAUCUGUGCAAAAUAAGAUCAAGUCCACACCUGGGCCAACUGAGAUGACUGAGGCAGAAAUGAAUCACACAGUGCUGUAGAUAAAACAAGCCUGUUUUCACAUGAGGAAGUGAGUAUUAGUCAUUCACCAAUUCAAACACAUUUUGGUAACAUAUCAAGCCCUUGAUGGGUAUUGCAGGAUGCAUUGGAAUGGAAAAGUCAUCCAUCUCAUUACCCUUGAAUAAGCACUAUCACCUAUUGUAGAAUGAAACGAUUCUGGCCAAUAAUACUAUAUACAUUUAGGAUUCUGGAUUUUUGGCUGUUGCAUAUUCCCAAAAA